AUGCUGGAUGAUGGGCAUGAGCAGAGCGUUGGCGACGCAGCACACGCGCACGCGGAGCUCGCAGGGCGAACCGACGCUAACGCCAACGACGUCGCCCUUGCGUUAUCCGACGUCGGCACGUCGCUCGGCGAUCUCGCUCGCUUCGUCGAAUUCGCGGACGACAUCUCGUCGCCAUCGUUGGCGCAAGCCGUCCCGUCCUUCCCCGUGCCCAGAAACCCGCGCUUCGUCGCCGCCAGUUUCCUUCAGAGCGGGGAGGAUCCUCCUCCCCGUGGCGACAUUCCCGAGUGGCUGCCGGCGCUGCCGGACCCCCACACGUACAUCGCCACGCCGGUGUGGGAGGCUCGGGGGCAGGAUAAGCGGCAGGAUCGGGUGGAGGAGGGGCGAGAGCGGCGGCGCGCUGAGCAGUCACUCGUGUCGCUGCACCAGCGCAUGGGGAUGGUCACGGCGGGCGGCGCGCAGGCGCGCGGUGGUGCUGGCGGCGGGCGGCUGCUGUGGGGCGGAUGGUCUCACGUUGGCGCGGGGGACGACCUCCUCGCAAGGCCAGGCGCGGGGAUCUCCGCGCCCGUGGCCACUGGUGCGGCGCCCGCAGUGCGCAACGACGAGGGCGCGGAGCGGGGCGAGGGGCGGAAGAAGCGGAUGAGGGAGUCAGACGGCGGGUGGGUAGCGGGUCAGGUUCCUUCCGCGCUGGAUGCCUUCCCGGGACUGAUGAUGGCCGCGGGCAGGGCGCGGGGCGGGGGAGCAGCAGGUGAGGGGGGUGAGGAAAGCGAGGAGGAGGAUGAGUUAGAGGAAAUAGAGGAAAGGAAUGGGGACGCGAUGGCUGUGGAUGGUGAUAUUGUGGUGGUGGAUGGCGGAGAGGAGAGGAAUGGUGGUGGUGGCAGUGGGGCCGAGGGAAUCCAGGCAGAGGGGAAUAAGGGCGAGAGGGUGAAGGAGGUUGGUUGGAGUGGGUGGUCGGCAAUGGAGAGGGCUUCAGGGGCGAGUGCUCCGGGGGUGUCGUUUCACCUAGGCAGCAAGAUCAAGGCCAAGCUUGGAGCUGCCAGAAUGCAGUUGCCUGUUGUGCUGAGGCAGGCAAAACCAAAGGCCGGGCAAGGUGGGAGUGAUGGCAUUGGGAAAGGCGAGGAGGACAAGGAGAGGAAGGGGAAGGAGAAGAGGGAAAAGGGGAAAGACGAUGAGAGGGAUGAGAAAAGAAAGAGGGCAGAACAGAUACUGGAGCAAGCAGAGAGGGAGGCAGCAGAGGCAGGCAUGGGAGAUUGCAUAUAG